AAUUAUCCGUAACAUUCUUUACGCUGGAACAAUUUGAAAAGUAUAAUAAAAGUAAUGUCGAGCCCUGCAAAUUCGCCGACGACAGACAGUCCAAACAGAACUCCUCGUAGUAGAACACAAGAGAUAAGGUCUCCUGUUUUCGGUACACCCCGUACUGCAGCUCAUAAUGGAGCCGAUGAUAAUGUGGAAACUCCAUUACGAUGGGGCACCAGUGGCACGCGACAAAACAUGUUAGAUCUUCCGCACCAAGCUGCAACGAUCGUUGCUUCUUCCGAGCGGGACAGUGCUGCUGGUUCUGGCGAACAGCUUACAGAUCAUUCUGGACCGAUUGUUGGAUCCGAAAGCGGAUUACAAUUGUCUUCCCCUGUAAAUUACGGCACUCCGAGUUCUUUAGGAUCAAUUCGUACUCCGAGAAGCGGUAUCCGAGGCACUCCGAUUCGACAUAGACCCGAUAUCAACACAGAUAAACGUUUGCGCCAAUUUACGGUAGAAGAUCCAAUCCCAGAAGUACAAGGAGCUCCGGGGACAUCGGAGAGCGAGUCAUCGGGACCGCAUUUAGUUGUUUGGGGCACAAAUGUACUCAUAAGUCAGUGCAAAGAACAAUUCAAAUCGUUUUUGAAACAAUUUAUUGAUCCGGAAGCAGAAAACGAUGAACUGCCUGAGAACAUAAUUCUAUCGGAACCGUUAUAUCUUCAGAAGUUGGAGGAAAUACAGACCUUAGAGGAACCGUAUCUAAAUGUCAAUUGCGCUCAUGUAAAAGUGUUUGACGAGCAUCUUUAUCAACAGUUAAUCUCUUAUCCCCAAGAGGUGAUCCCUACGCUAGAUAUGGCAGCGAACGAGCUGUUCUUCGAUAAAUUUCCAGCAGCAGUUUUAGAACACCAGAUCCAAGUGCGUCCCUUUAAUGUAACUAAAGUUAAAUCGAUGAGAGACUUAAAUCCUUCCGAUGUGGAUCAAUUGAUCACGAUACCAGGAAUGGUGAUCAGAGUAUCGAUACUGAUUCCACAAAUGCGAGAAGCAUAUUUUAAAUGCAGCGUUUGCGCCUUUACAACUCUCGUUGAGAUCGAAAAAGGAAGGACAAAAGAACCUACGAUAUGUGCACAUUGUGCCCAUAAAUAUUCUUUCACUUUGAUACAUAACUUGAGUCAUUUUUCUGAUAAACAAAUGAUCAAGUUACAAGAGGCUCCGGACGAGAUGCCACAAGGACAGACUCCGCACACUAUUGUUUUGUUUGCCCAUAAUAAUUUGGUGGACUCGGUUAUGCCUGGGGAUAGAGUCUCUGUUACUGGAAUUUACAGAGCAGCCACGUACAAGCAAAAUUUUGAACAUACUUUGCAAGCCAUUUAUAGAACGUACGUGGAUGUAGUGCAUUUUAGGAAAUACGACUCCAAACGAUUGCACGACCAAGAAGAUGGCAAAGAACACAAUUUUACAACCGAGAGAAUAGAAGUUUUGAAGAUGUUAUCGCAAAAGAAGGAUGUUUACGAACGAUUGGCACAACACAUUGCUCCCAGUAUAUAUGCAAAUAAUGAUGUAAAGAAAGGGAUUGUAUUACAAUUAUUUGGUGGUACUAGAAAACCUUCUACUGUGUACGGGAAACAUUUUCGUCCUGAUAUUAACAUAUUGCUCUGUGGCGAUCCUGGUACGAGCAAAUCACAAUUAUUGCAAUACGUUUAUAAUUUGGUACCACGGUCGCAAUACACCAGUGGAAAAGGUUCUAGCGCUGUCGGUUUAACAGCUUAUCUAACAAAAGAUCCAGAGACCAGACAAUUGAUUUUGCAGACAGGGGCGUUAGGACUUGCGGAUAAUGGGAUAUGUUGCAUCGAUGAAUUUGAUAAGAUGAACGAAAGUGCGAGAUCGGUGUUGCACGAAGUAAUGGAACAGCAAACUUUGAGCAUCGCUAAAGCUGGGAUCAUUUGUCAGUUAAAUGCUAGAACCAGUAUACUUGCUGCUGCUAAUCCAUGCGAAUCACAAUGGAAUAAGAACAGAACUGUGGUUGAAAACGUGAAAUUGCCCCACACUCUGCUUUCGCGAUUUGAUUUGAUUUUUUUGAUAUUAGACCCACAAUGUGAUACGUACGACAAAAGGCUUGCAACUCAUAUGGUAUCUUUAUAUUAUAAAACGUCGGAAGAGGAUGUAGACGAACAACUGAACAGAAGUAUUGUUCGUGAUUAUUUGGUCUUUGCAAAGGAGCAUGUUCAUCCCGUUCUGAACGAAGAAAGCCAACAGAGGUUGAUACAAGCUUACGUCGAUAUGAGAAGAGUUGGAAAAGGACGUGGGCAAAUCACAGCGUACCCCAGACAAUUAGAAUCUCUGAUAAGAUUAGCCGAAGCGCAUGCUAAAGUACGACUAAGUCCUAUCGUGGAAUUACAAGAUGUCGAAGAAGCUUGGAGAUUACAGCGAGAAGCUUUGAAGCAAUCUGCUAUUGAUCCACUAAGUGGCAAGAUAGAUCUAAGUAUUUUAACUACCGGUAUAUCUUCGGGUGCUAGGAAAAGGAAGAAGGAGUUGUGCGAUGCGAUACAAAAGAUUAUAGGAAGCAAGAGUAAACUCCACAUACUUAGCCAACAGAAACUAUUUAGUGAAAUUAGACAAUCUUCUGAACUGAUGAUUACCAGGGAGAUGUUCGAGGAUGCUUUAAGGGAGUUACAAGAUAAUGGAUUGUUAACAAUAAUCGGAAGAAGCAGUAUCCGUGUUUCUUAAUUUUACUCGUUUAUAUGUUUUAUCAUUUUUGUAAUCGAUUUC